AUGGCGUUCGAAAAUGUGGAAUUCCAGACAUUGAUUGGGACCCUCAAUUGUGAGGUGCAGGUCAACCGUGACCUGCUUGAACCGAGACCUGCAGGCUUCCACCAGUCUGGCGGAUAUGCCAUGCUGAGAUACAUCUGCAUCCAAUUGUCUGGCAUCUUCACAAUCCUCGUCUCACUCAAGAUAACGGGCACUCGCCUGAUGGAGGAUGCACGAAACCGUCUGGUGCAAGAACGAUAUCUGCUCGGUCAACAGUCGGGCAUGGAUGCUGUGAGACCGCGGGUAGUAGAAAAUGUAGGAGGUUGGUGGUGGCCCGGACCCCUUGGAUCCACGCGGAAGAUUUUGAACGGGGCCGACUUUGACUCUUCAAUUGGACCUCACGGUGCACGUGCUGGUGCCUACGAUGCGAGUCAAUGUUCAAAAUUCAAGGUCCUUCGUCUGGCCUCUGCAAGGCCUUUGUGGAGGAACCAACUGAAGAGCUUACCACAGCGCCCCGACCACAAUAAGUGCUGCGAGGCAACACUGCAUGCUGCAUUACUUGCAUUGCUGGCUGUAGGUGAGCCUGAUACCCGGCUGAACGAGGCAGCUUGGGAGAUGUGGUUGGACGUCGAGCCUUUUGUCAGUUAUGAGCGUGAAAUUGCUUCCGGUGCAGCCGGGGAAGUUGACAUUUCCGUAAUUCCAAGUGAAGAUCAUCAACCGUGGAAAAGGCGAAAUUGA